AUGGAGGAUCUUGCUGAGGAUCGAAGGGUGGGGAAGGCAGGGAUUGAGGGAGUGAAGAAAGUUAUGGGAGGGGGGUUGGAUGAUGGGGGUGAGGGAUUAAACUUGAUUUCUGUUGAUGUGCAAGAAAAGGAAGACUUAGGGAGGGAAGUCCGAGCAAUAAGAGAGGAUGGUAGAGGGGAAUGGGUUUUUACUGGUUUUUAUGGACAUCCUGACACCAUAAAAAGAAGGUUCUCUUGGGAGUUGUUGGCUAGAAUAAAUACUGGAAAAGGAACUGCAUGGUGUGUUGCUGGGGAUUUCAAUGAGAUAUUUUCCCAAAAAGAGAAAGUUGGAGGGAAGAUGAGAGUUGACCACCAAAUGGCCCAGUUUCAAGUGGCUUUGGAGAGUAACAACUUGUAUGAUGCAGGCUGUGUGGGAAAUCCUUUCAUAUGGAGCAAUAGACAUUCUGAUCACACAUGUAUUAAAGAGAGGUUGGAUCGAUUCUUGGUGAAUGUAGAAUGUAAAGGUAUAUUUAGAGAUGUUGUGGUGGAGGGGCUUGUUGUAAGAAGUUCUGACCAUAAGGCAGUACUGUUGUCUGUUGUGGAAUCAGAAAGGAGGUUGAACAAAAUGUGCUAUGUUUUCAAAUUUGAGGCAAGUUGGUUGAAAGAGGAGGAAUGCAAGACUAUGGUCGAAAGGGCAAGAAGGUACAGUCAAUUUCUAGACCUUCGAGUUACUAGCACCAUGAAUGAUGACCUACAGAAACCAUUUACCAGAGAAGAAGUAGAGAUAGCCUUGAGGCAGAUGGGACCUUAUAAGUCCCUUGGUCCUGAUGGUUACAAUGCUUGUUUCUAUCAAGUGUGUUGGAGUACAGUAGGGGAAGAUAGUGAAGCAGCUCUAGAUUUUUUGAAUGGAGAUGUUUGGGUAGAGAAAGGAAGCCCUGUACAGAAGUGGAGCUAUGGUGAAGUAGAUAUGGGGUUAGUUUGGAAAAAGAUGGUUGAGAGAUUAAAGGAGGAAGACUAG